AUGGUCCCCGUUGAACUCGGUCUGAUGGCCGCUUCAGCUGCACGCCGACUAACAGCCGCAUCUGCUAUGCGAUCUGUCCGAAUAUUGCCGCGAGGUGUCCUGAUCAGUUCUUGUCGAUUGCAUAGGCCACGGCGGCAGAUGCAGAGAUGCUCGUCCACCUCGUCUGCGUCUCCCAGCCGCUCGGCUUCCUCGGAACCUCAAGCCCACGCUCCGACGUCGAGCUCCCCCAGGAAGAAAGAGUCAGCGGGAGGCAAAUUCAACCUCUAUGGCGACGAUUGGGAGGAUUCGGUGGACUUUGCCAUCAAAUCCUUUGAGGAUCUCCCCCAUCGUCUCUUCGGAGUCAAUCAGCACAUGAUUAUCAACUAUGAGCUCAAGGAAGCUUUGCGACUGAUGCUGCGCCAGUUUAACGCUCCGAUUGUGUAUUGCUUCGCAUACGGGUCUGGCGUGUUCCCCCAAGGCGACAUCAGCCGAAGCGUUACCGAAGCCGAGUUCCGCGCUGUACAUCCUAAACCGCCCGAGGCCCUGGUCAAGGCGCAGAAUGGGUGCCCAAAGAUGAUUGACUUCAUCUUUGGUGUCAGUCACACGCAGCAUUGGCAUUCCAUAAACAUCAGGCAGUACCGGCAGCACUACUCGGCAAUCGCCUCGCUGGGGUCCGGCCUGGUCUCGCGGGUUCAAAACUGGGGCGCGGGCGUCUAUUUCAACCCCUUUGUCGAGGUGAACGGCAUGCUCAUAAAGUAUGGCGUCACUAGCAUAGACAACCUGGUCCACGACCUGACCACCUGGGACAACCUGUACCUGGCUGGCAGGCUUCAAAAGCCCGUCAAGAUCCUCCGCGACCAUCCGCAAGUACGGCUCGCCAACCAGCACAACCUCAUUGCUGCCGUGCGCGCGGCUUUGCUCCUGCUGCCGCCGCAGUUCAGCGAAACCGAUCUCUACAGCACCAUUGCCGGCCUCAGCUACAUGGGCGACCCAAGAAUGGCCCUCCCCACCGAAAACAAGAGCAAGGUGGCCAACAUUGUCAACAACAACGUGGUGCACUUCCGCCGCCUGUACGCGCCCCUCGUCAAGACGCUCCCAAACGUGGACUUUGCCACGCCGUGUCGUCUGGACGACCAAGACUGGGUUCUCGAUCCCAAAGCAGACAGCCUCCUCCAGCAGGACAUGGAUCCCGUCAAGCGAGCCAACAUGGUGCGCCGGCUGCCCCAGAAAUUCCGAUCACGGCUAUACUUUCAGUACCAGAAAAAGCUGUCCAUCUCCCGCGCGCAGUUCAACGAAAUGAUGCAAGCAUCCGCCGACGACGAAGGCACAUCCAUCAAGCGCCGGCUAGGGGGCGAGCUCGAGCAGCGCAUCGUCGCAGACGACCCCCGGCAACUCCGCGAAAUCGUCCGCCUCGUCAUCAAGCGAACCGUCAACUGGCCCAGCACCACGCAGUCUCUCAAGGGCGUCAUAAUGGGCGGCUGGGCCAGGACCAUGCGCUACCUCGGCGAGAAAUUCAGCAAGUGGAACAAGGGGAGGAUGCAGCAAAAGCAGCUGCCGCCAUCCACCUCGUCUUCCGAAUCCGAACCGGGAAAGAGCCCACCGUCGGAACAAAACCCGGCCAAACGCGAAAAACACGACUGA